AUGCCUGCUCCGUCUCGUCUUGCGUCUUCCUUCGUUCGCGCUUCCCAGCGUCCGUUGGCUGCUAACUACCUCCGUGCUUUCCGCGCCUACUCUACCGCUAAGGAGCCUACCCUCAAGGAGCGUCUCUCUGAGAUCUUCCCCGCCGAGAUCGAGAAGGUCAAGGCCCUCCGCAAGGCCAAGGGCAGCACCGUCAUCGGCGAGGUCACCCUCGACCAGGCCUACGGCGGCAUGCGCGGCAUCAAGGGCCUCGUCUGGGAAGGCUCCGUCCUCGACGCCGAGGAAGGUAUCCGCUUCCGCGGCUUGACCAUCCCCGAGGUCCAGGCCGCCCUCCCCAAGGCCGCCGGCGGAUCCGAGCCCCUGCCCGAGGCUCUCUUCUGGCUCCUCGUCUCCGGCGAGAUCCCCACCGAGGGCCAGGUCAAGGCUCUCUCCGCCGAGCUCGCCGCCCGCUCUGAGCUCCCCACCCACGUCGUCGACCUCAUCGACCGCUCGCCUGCCACCCUCCACCCCAUGGCCCAGUUCUCGAUCGCGGUCACCGCGCUCGAGUCCGAGUCCCAGUUCACCAAGGCCUACGAGAAGGGCGUCAACAAGAAGGACCUCUGGCUCUACGCCUACGAGGACUCCAUCGACCUCAUCGCCAAGCUGCCCACCAUCGCCGCCAAGAUCUACCGCAACGUCUUCAAGGACGGCAAGGUCGCCGAGAUCGAGGCCGACAAGGACUACUCCUACAACUUGGCCAAGAUGCUCGGAUACUCGGGCAACCACGAGUUCGUCGAGCUCAUGCGUCUCUACCUCACCAUCCACACCGAUCACGAGGGUGGUAACGUCUCCGCCCACACCACCCACUUGGUCGGCUCCGCGCUCUCGUCGCCCUUCCUCUCCCUCGCCGCCGGCCUCAACGGUCUCGCUGGCCCGCUCCACGGACGCGCCAACCAGGAGGUUCUCGAGUGGAUUCUCGAGAUGAAGUCCAAGAUCGGCUCCAACGUCACCAACGCCGACAUCGAAAAGUACCUCUGGGACACCCUCAACGCCGGCCGCGUCGUCCCCGGCUACGGCCACGCCGUCCUCCGCAAGACCGACCCGCGCUACACCGCCCAGCGUGAGUUCGCGCUCAAGUACCUGCCCGACUACGACCUCUUCAAGCUCGUGUCGCAGAUCUACGAGGUCGCUCCCGGCGUGCUCACCAAGCACGGCAAGACCAAGAACCCCUGGCCCAACGUCGACUCGCACUCCGGUGUCCUGCUCCAGUACUACGGCCUGACCGAGGAGUCGUACUACACCGUUCUGUUUGGUGUCUCGCGCGCGCUCGGCGUCUUGCCGCAGUACAUCAUCGACCGCGCCUACGGCAUGCCCAUCGAGCGACCCAAGUCGUUCUCGACCGAGGCCUACGCCAAGUUGGUCGGUUACAAGUUUUAA